AUGGGGAAAGAACAGGACCUCCUGUUGGCAGUGAAAAAUGGAGACAUUUCUUCAGCCCAUAAACUUCUGUCCAAGUUCAAGGGUGGCCGAAACAAGUUACUGGGCUCAACUAAGCGACUGAACAUCAACUACCAGGAUGCAGAUGGGUUUUCAGCCCUUCAUCAUGCCGCCCUGACGGGUACCACAGACCUGCUUGCCCUGCUGCUGGAGGCCCAGGCCACGGUUGACAUUAAGGACAGUAACGGGAUGCGUCCGCUCCACUACGCUGCGUGGCAGGGCAAAGCCGACACCGUGUUGAUGCUACUUCGCGCUGGCGCUUCGGUCAACGCGGCGUCCCAGGACGGGCAGAUCCCUCUGCAUCUCUCCUGUCAGUAUGGGCACUAUGAGGUGUCAGAGAUGUUGCUUCAGCACCAGUCCAACCCCUGUAGUGUUAACAAAGCGAAGAAGACCCCCCUGGACCUUGCCUGUGAGUUUGGAAGACUCAAGGUGACUCAGCUGUUGUUGAGCAGUAACAUGGUGGUGCCUUUGCUGGAGGGAAACGGGAGAGACAACACACCGCUUCACCUCGCCGCUCGUAACGGCCACAAAGACAUCAUCAGGCUGCUCCUGAAGGCUGGCAUAGAAAUCAACAGAACCACUAAAGCUGGCACGGCCCUGCACGACGCUGCCCUCUAUGGCAAGACUGAAGUGGUGCGACUACUGCUGGAAGCAGGAAUCGACGUCAACAUUCGUAACAGCUAUAACCAAACGGCGCUGGACAUUGUCAACCAGUUCACCACCUCCCAUGCCAGCAAAGACAUCAAACAGCUGCUGAGAGAUGCCGGUGGGGCCCUGCAGGUCCGAGCGAUGAAAGACUACUGGAACCUCCACGACCCGACGGCCCUGAACAUGAGAGCUGGAGAUGUUAUCAUGGUUGUGGAGCAGCACAUGGAUGGCAGGUGGAAAGGGUACAUUCAUGACAGCCAGAGAGGCACAGACCGCGUGGGUUUCUUUCCUCCUUCCAUAGUAGAGGUCAUCAAUCGCCGAGCAGGGGGCCCUCUCUCGCGCCAGGCCUCCCUGCCCAGUCAUAGACAGCAUGCCCUGACCAGGGUGGUGCCACCCUACACUGGACCCCACACAGACGACUCCUACACACUAUAUACUCCCCACCAUUCCACUCUGCCUCGCUCAAACGGUCUGGACCAGAGCACAGGUGUGUCAGCAGGCAGAGCCAAUGGCCCGUGUGUGCCAGCUAGUUCCGGUGACUCACAGGAUGUUUGGGUCCUCAGGACGGCAGUCAGCGGAGACAGGAACAGUGUUGGCAGUGCGGGGAGUGUUGGAAGCACACGGAGUGCUGGCAGUGGGCAGAGCUCUGAGGGCACUUAUGGGCAAAACGGGCACCAGUCACUCGCUGGCACAGUGUCUGACCAGAGCAAGCUGUCUCCCCCUGCUGGAGAAUCAGUGCAACAGCACAGCCCAGGAUCUGAGCACACUAAACAACUUAAGGCUCCGGCAGGUGCCUCUGUGAAAAGACAGGCUGUGAACAGCGUCAGGAUAACAGAACAGGGAUCUAACCAUCACGUCGUUCACCCAGACCAGCUGCUGGAGGGCAGAGAUGCUGAGGCGAUCUACCAGUGGCUAAGUGAGUUCCAGCUGGAGCAGUACACAGCAAACUUUCUCAACGCCGGCUACGACGUCCCCACCAUCAGCAGGAUGACCCCAGAGGACCUUACUGCCAUCGGAGUCACGAAGCCGGGUCAUCGUAAGAAGAUCUCCCUGGAGAUUGCUAAUCUUAACAUCCCAGAGUGGCUACCAGACUAUAUUCCGACGGACAUCGGUGAGUGGCUCGGUGCCAUCGGUUUGCCUCAGUACCAGAAGAGACUGGCAGAGAACGGUUACGACUCCAUCAGCAUCGUACGAGACAUCACUUGGGAGGACCUGCAGGAAAUUGGCAUCAAUAAACUGGGUCAUCAGAAGAAGAUCAUGCUGGCCGUGAAGAAGCUGUGUGAUGUGCACAGGGCCCGUAGGAACCAGGCUGGGUUUCAGGGGACCCUCCAACGCCGGAAACCCCCUGCCGCCUUGGAGCUGGUGGCCAUCGAAACCCCCGAGAGCACCGACUGCCCCACUUGCCCCGUCACGCCCAAGAUGCUCACCUUCCAGGACAGCGAGCUGAGCGCGGAGCUGCAGAGCGCCAUGAUUGGGAGCGGGCACGGCGGGUGCCAGGAGAACCUGGGCGGCCUCAUGACUGGCACCGCUGUUUCGUUGAGUCAGGAGAGCAUCGGCACUCGCUCGCGGGGCUCGGGGCGUUCCCAGGAACGCACGCUGGCGUCCGUCGCCCACCACAGCUGCUCCGAGGAAAGCUUGGGCAGCGGGGACGGAAGUCCAAACAAGGAACGGCACGUUAUGCCAGAACCACGAGAACAGAACCAACGCGCGGUACCGCUCCAGCUGCAACAGCAGGCCCCUGGCGACCACACGCCGACUCACACGCCGCCCAUGACCCCCAGUAAAAUGACGCGCUUUGCUUACCCCACUGUCCCCCCCAAGCCCAGACCGGGUGUCGCCUCGACUCCGCCCCAUCACGGCUCCCCCCACGGCUCCCCCAGACAGCGAGGGUUUAAUUACCUGCAGCCCCAGGGAAGGAUAUCGGACGCUGGCCGCGGCUCCCCCUCCAAGCCCCCGCAGCCGAGCGGCGACGCUCAACGGUCGAAGAAACGUACCCAGAGUUUAACGCGCUACGCUCUCUCUGACGGAGAGGGAGAGGAAGAGGAGGUGCCGACCGUGCCCUCGGGAAGCCUGGCAUCUUACGCUACCCUCACGCGCAAGCCCGGUCGCAGCCAGCCCCCCGCGGCCGCCAGCCAACGCCACGUCGCCCGCAGUCAGUCCUUCGCUAUACGUGCCCGGCGGAAAGGCCCACCUCCUCCGCCCCCCAAAAGAAUGAGCUCUGCCCCGAUUGGUGCCGGUGGAGGUGGGGGCGGGGGCGGGGUGGAAACGGAGAGCGCUGGAAAGGUCAAAAGUAUCGCAGCCAGAUUGGAGCGCAGUGGGGGGAGUCCUGUAAAGACCCCAAAAAAUCCCGGACUCCCACCCUCCUCCCCGACGGUGCUGCCCAAAACCCCAGGGAGCCGAGCAAGAAACGACAGCGAGUCGUUGCCGUGGGAAACCAACCCGGCGGAUGUGGGCAGGGCGGGGAAGCCUGCGGAGAACGGCGGGAGGCUGAGAACGAGCGAUCAGAGGGCGGAGCCCCUGCGGGGGAUCCCGAGAGAGAGUCUCCCUUUCGCCGAGGAAGGCAGUCUUACCAUCAAACAGCGGCCUAAAACGGGCGGGGCCAAGCCGGAGCCCGAAGCCGCCGAAACUCCCAAAGCGGCCCAGGCCCCCAGGGUGUCCCUAGAGGUGCCCGAAUUCAACCUGAAAGAGUCGGACACCGUGAAGAGACGACACAAACCCAAGGAGAGGGAAGCACAGAGCGGCAGUCAGGACACACACACGCUCACGCACACAGUGAGCCAGAAGGUUGUGGGCUUUGAGAAAAGCUUGCCGUGUGCGAUGAAUGGAAGUCCGCCGAAACCGCCCCUGUCUCCAAAACUGCCCUCACCCGCUCCCGUUAAACCUGCCCGGCAUUCCGCAGCAGCUGCCUCAGGUCCUGUGAUGACCAGCUUGGUGCAGGGAGUGACCUUUUCUGUCCUGUCUCCAGGCAACCCCACGGCUCACGGUCUCCCUCAGGGUCAGCGUGGACAAACGGAAAAGCCCCAGGCUCCAAAAGGAGGCGCAGAGAUGCAUGUGCAGAGGAGGCUGGAGCAGACGAGCACCUCCCUGGAGGAGGCCUUGAAGGUUGUGGAGAAGAAGCUGGCACAGGAGGAUCCCACUGACAGUGGCAUCUACGCCGUGAAGUCGGCGGGGAACAUUCUGGAUGACAUCGGGAACAUGUUUGACGAUCUCGCCGACCAGCUCGACGCCAUGCUCGACUGA